UUUGGAUUCAAAUAAUUUCAGUUUUGUUAAUUCAAUUAAAUAAAAUUAAAAAAUGAGUUUUCUAAAACCUAAAGAUAUUAUUGAACAAGGUGAUACAGUUAUUUUAUACUUAAAUGCAAAUCUAAUGCAUGCAAUAGAAGCGAACCCAACAAUAGUAAACAAAAAAGGCGAGACUAUAGAAAAUGUAUUUCAAACGUCGUUCGGUGCUUUAAAAGUACGAAGUAUUAUAGGAACACCGUACGGAAGCAGAAUUGAAUUGUCCAAAGGUGGCUGGGGUAUAGUCCUGCAACCAAAUCCAACACUUUGGACACAAACUUUACCUCAUCGUACACAAAUCGUGUAUUCGCCGGACAUAAGCAUGAUAAUAUUUCAAUUGGAAAUACGCCCAGGUUCUGUGGUAGUAGAAUCUGGCACUGGUUCUGGUUCACUUUCUCAUUUUAUUUUAAAUGCUGUUAAGCCAACUGGACAAUUGCAUACAUUUGACUUUCAUGAAGCAAGAGCAAAUCAGGCUCGUGAUGAAUUUCAAAGACAUGGACUAGGUGGUUUUGUACAUGUCUACCACAGAGAUGUAUGUCAAAAUGGGUUUAGUCAAGAUUUAAAUGGUAUAGCUGAUGCAGUAAUGCUUGAUUUGCCGGCACCGCAACAGGCAGUACCACAUGCUGUUAAAGUACUUAAAACUACUGGAGGCCGUUUUUGUUCAUUUUCACCCUGCAUUGAACAAUCACAACGCUGCUGUGUGGCAUUACAUGAAAAUGGUUUCACAGAUAUUCAAUCAAUGGAGAUAUUACAACAGGAAUACAUAGUAAAAACAAAAUCAAUGAAUGUAAUGGAGUUUGGUUUCCUAAAAGAAGAGAAACCAGAAGUUCCUCCAGGUGAAAAAAUUAAAACACCAAAAGAGACUAGAAAGAUUCUUUCAAGUUCACUACCGCCAACUUUACCUGGUCAUACGGGAUAUUUAACUUUUGCCACUUUACCGCCAGAAUAUGCGCGGUGAACUUACAAAUCUUAUGUUAAUUGAAUAUAACUUAUUUAACGUCUGUAAAGACUAUGAACUUUCUAAUGGUUAUUCUGAUCAUCAUAUAGUCGUCAAUGAAUUACUUUUAUAUAAAAUUAUAUAGACAAAUAAGGUUUUUAUAAGCUUUAUAUACAAAAGAAUA